AUGUUCGCGCCGGAAGAUCCCAAAAUUCCUCCACAAGAAAGUGAUCGUAUGCCCGCGCAGCCAGGACCUCCGCAGCUUUUCGGGGCUGGCGCUCGUCCACAAGAAGGAAGGGAACUAUGGUUUUAUGACUUUAGACAACGCGCUCGUGAGAACGGUGAACGAGAUCUCGAACCUAUUCCUCCAUCCUUCAAUAACCCCAAUGAACGCUCCGAACCCGGGCAUGAACCAAGAGUUGGAUGCAUUGUGUGCGGCAUUGCUUUUUACAGAACAUGUUCCUCCGACAGGUAA